AUGUCGCGCGUGCUCGAGUUGUUCGCCAGACGGACGAGCGCGGUGGGCGCGAGCGCGAGGGUAGGCGAGCGGGGGCGCGGGAGGGAUGAUGUGGACGAUGAUUAUUCAAAUCGUACGGCGACGCCGCGACGCGACGAGGCCGCCGACGGCGCCGAGCGCGCGCGCGCGGGCGAGUCGUUGACGUCUGGAGGUGAAGAGGACGACUCGGGACGGAGGCCGGUGGUGGUGGCGACGUACGGGCGAAGGAAGCGCGCGCGCGCGACGACGACGACGACGACGACGGCGGGAUCGAUCAAAGGCGUAGACGAGGGCGACGAGGGUGAGGGCGACGGUGAUGUGCGCGCGCAGAAGGUGUCGGAGGGUGCGAGCGCGAACGGAAAGAAGCGGACGCAGAUGUGUCUUGAUUUAGGACAAGCUUCGAUGCGGCACGAGACGUGCGCGCGGUGCGGAUUCUUGUACGCCAAGGGCGAUCCGGCGGAUGAGAAGGCGCAUGUGCGCUAUCACGCGAAUUUCGUGAACGGUCUCUCGAGCGGUGGGGUGGGUGGGAUGACGUUGAAACCGGCGGAUGGGCAAAAGGUGGUUUGGGAGAGCGAAAACAGCGACGUGCGAUGUGUCGCACUCGACGUCGCGAGUAAGGCAUCGAAGGGUGCGAUGGCUCGCAUUGCGCGAGGGAUUGAGCGUGAGCUCUGUAUGCCAGAAAAUUGGAUUUGCGAAAACGCAACGGGGGCGUUGAAGGCGUUCGUGUGCGUGGUGAAGAAGGGUAAUCGAGUCGUCGGAGCGCUCUUCGCAGAAAAAGUGAGCGAGGCGUAUCGAACGCUCCCGGGGGCGAAGCUAUCCUCGAACGCCACGGAUGGGACGGUUGUAGCGCACGGGAAUAAACCCGAGCGCGCUUUGUGCGGCGUUAGGGCGAUAUGGACGCACGCGAGCGCUAGACGGCGCGGUUACGCGCGAGCGAUGUUAAACUCCAUGCGAGCGCAUCUCGUCGUUGGAUACGUCGUCGACGCGAAGGAGUGCGCGUUCACACAGCCGACGGAAGCGGGCACCGCACUCGCACUUUCGUACUGCGAAGAUGAGACGUUCUUGGUGUAUUAG